UAUUUUGUCUUGUCAAGAUGUUGGAUAGCGAGUCCAUACAGAAAAUGCUGAGGUCCGUCCUCAUGUCAAGCAAGACUGGUGUAUCUAUUAACAACAUCCAGUGUGAGUACCGCUCCUUUUGCGGAGACAUGAUUCCACUGAGGAAGCUGGGCUUCUCAACUCUGGAGGACUACCUCAGGAGCAUCCCCUCUGUAGUGAGGCUGGAGUACCGCAUGGGUGAGCUACGAUGCUUUGCCUCAGUGAGCGAGGAAACGGCGCACAUUGCUGAGCUGGUGGCCAAACAGAAGAACUCCAAGAAAUCUGGUCGCUCUCAAGUUGUCAACUGCAAGAUGAGAUUCAAACCUUCCAAUCCCUACAUGCUUAAUGUCACACCAAGGUCCUCUCUCCGCCAACCAUCAGCUGGAAGGAGUUCCAACUGGUCUCGAUUCCAUGUAGUCAACAGAGGGAGCAGCGCCGCAGGAGAUUUUAGUCUUUUUGUUUUCCCCAACACCAGGCAGGCAGACCACAAGUUAAGUUCCAUGACUCCUGUUGAACAUAGAGAUCCGCCUGCUCAACCUGCUGUAAAACAGAAUAUCAUAGCCAACAGAAAAACGUCACCCAACCUGAACAACUAUUCUUCAGACAUUCAUCUUGAAAAAGUUUCUGCAUCCAGUGAAUCCCAGAAUACUCUUUAUGAUGUGGAGUUGGUGCAGAGCAGACUGAAGCAGCUUCUGGAGAAGUACUCCUCUGGACUGUGGGUGUCCAAACUGCCUGAGGUCUAUAAUCAAAUGUUCGGCCAGAAGCUUCAUCCUCAGGUGCUCCUAAAUAUGGAGAAGUGGACAGACCUGUGCUCGAUGGAGAAACCUUCCAUCACCAACAGAGCUGACAGGCUUGUGUACCCUCCUCUACCUUCAAAGCCUUUAACAAGCUCUUUCAAAAACACCGUCCCGUCUUCAGGAUUACGUUUAGAUUCAACACCAGUGUCUUCCCCUCCCACCACUCCUGAACAGAAUUCUGAAAUUCUGUCGCCUUUUGCUGUUCCUAAAACUAGAGCUUCCCCCAAAAGCCCAUUGGCUAUGCCCACCUUCAUUUUUCCUCCACCGCCUGCUUCAGGGCAUGUCUCGCCACCUGUGACAUUACAAAGCCCUGCCCACAAGCCCAGUCUGACUCCACGUUUUCAAUCUGUCAGUCCUGCAGUCAACCGCAAAAUUGGCUCUAAAGGGGAUCACAAUUUGUCAAAAGUUACCCAAAACCGAAACACUCCCUCGUUAGCCCCCACUUGGUCUUGCCUUGGAUCAACCGACGCUGCCAAGAAGACGUCUUCUAUUCAACCGAACCAGGAUAUUUUACCUCUUUUGAAAGUUACCUUCUCCUCUGCUCCUUGUCCUCCCUCCAAACCUGCUGUUGUAGUGUCAUCUGAGGUGCGUCAGAAAAUAAAGGAACUCCUCUCCAAGUAUAGUCAGGGUCUGUGGGCCCAUGCUCUACCAAAGCUUUUUAUGGACGCAUACAAGAUGCAAUUCCCUGAACAGAUUCUGGACAACUUGGCUCUUUUGUGUGAUAUAUGUACUGUGGAGUACCCCUUGCCACGCGACAAAAAGAAGGCGAUUUUGUACAACUCAAACAGAGGAGACAUGAACGUCACAGACAGCCCAGAAAUCCAGCAGUGCAGGAGCAACCCUCUCCCUUCUGGUUUGGAGGUUGUGGGUUCUGUUGUUCCUCCACGUUUGACUCUUCCCUCUGAGCAGUACCCCUCAGUGCUGGUGACUGAGGCUAAGAGCAGUAAUGCUGUUACUGUAAGGUAUGUAGGUGAAAACUACUCCAAUACCCAGGAAGCCAUGGAGGAUGUCAUGCAGACAUUUUACAGCAAAAACAAACAGACUGUAACUAACCCUGUCAUCGGUCAGCUGGUGGCUGUCAGAGGGGAAGAUGGAGAAGAGAUGGCCAGAGCGCAGGUGAUGGAUGUCACAAACCCUGACAAGAUCAAGGUAUUCUACGUGGAUUAUGGCUUCUCUGUGGAGACGAGUGUGGCUAAUCUGCAUGAGCUGCAUCAGGACUUCCUCUCUCUGCCUUUCCAAGCUACUAAUGUCAGACUUGCAGGCCUGGAGGCGUUCAGCUCCCAUUCUCUGUUGCUGUCCUUGUUGGAUAAGUUGGCAGUUGGAAAGAUCCUGCUGAUGGAAACAUUACCUUCAUGUCCACAGAAUGAAAUGCCUCAAGCUGUUCUUUAUGACACGUCUCAAGAUGAAGACAUCAACAUUAACACCUUGUGCCUGAAGUCUCUGUGGGACAUGACGAUGAACAACCCGCUCUCUUUAAAUGUUACCUAUCAGGAUGUGUGCAUCUCAAGCGUGUGCGCUGAUGGAACCAUUUUCUGUCAGCUGCCUUCCCGAGGAACUGCCAGGCUGAGGAAGUUGCUUGAAGAAGUAGAUGCAUAUUUCACCUCUCAGAUGGCGUUUGAGUCCCUUGUUUCCAGACCUUUCACUGGCAAGUUCUGUUUAGCCUGCUACAAAGGAAAGUGGGCCAGAGCAGAGCUGACCAACAUGUAUGGCAACAGAGUGAUGGAGAUUCUCUUCAUGGACUUCGGGGUGUCUGCAACCGUUGAAGUCACCGAUCUUCGAGAGAUUCCCCUUCUUUUUUUGAAAGCUUUGGUUGUCAUUCCACCACAGACUAUUAAAUGUCAACUGGCUGACAUCACUGUCCCAGGAGGAGGCUGGAGCCAUGAAACCAUUCUGUGGUUGAAUGAGGCCAUGCUGGGAAAAGAAGACUGCAAAAUGAAGAUCUCUAAUCUAAAAGAGUAUAAGGGGGAGAAGGUGGUCUGUAUGUACCUGUUCGUCGGUGGUGACGGCCAGGAGCUGCACGAGAGCAUCAACCAUCAGUUGGCCCAGUGGGAGCUGAGGCAGAAACUGACCACUGACAGCAGCAUCGUGGAUACAGGUCACACUUCUAUGGUGGAGAGGUUGACUCUAAAGAGCUCAUUCCCAAACCCUGUUAACAACACAUCACAGCUACGUGAGAAAGAAGUGCAUGCACCCAUCAAAACUGAGACGCAGCCGCUCUCAUGGCCUCCUCUGCUGAAUCUCCCUCAGCCUGGCCAGAACAUGGAUGUGUUUGUGCCAGUGGUCUGCCACCCGGGUUACUUUGUGGUCCAGCUCUGGCAGUCCCUGCAUAAGCUGGUGGUGUUGAUGGGAGAAAUGGUUCUUCACUACAACCAGAUGGAGAAUACCAGCAGAGCUGUAAACAUCCAGAAAGGAGAGGUGUACGCUGCCAAAAUAGACAAGAAUUGGCACCGUGUGCAGGUGAAGGCGGUCCUGGCCAACGGACUGGUUAACGUCUAUGAGCUGGAUUACGGUAAACAUGAGCUGGUCCACAGCACUGUCAUCCAGCCUCUGAUAGAGGAGUUCAGACAGCUCCCCUUCCAGGCUGUUGCUGCACAGCUGGCAGGUGUGGAGCAUCGCCACUGGUCAGAGGAGGCUUCCAUGUUGUUCAGGAGUCAUGUGGAGAAGAAGGCGCUGGUAGCACAGGUAGAGAGCGUGCGCGAUGUGUCGGAGAUUAAAGGUGAGCUGUGGGAGCGCAGGUUGACGGUUUACCUGGUGGACACUUCACUGAAGGAGGACCUGUGGAUUCACAGCAUCAUGGCUGACAUCAGAGAUCUGUCUUCAGCUGCGUAGGAUGUUCACACGCACACCUAUCAGAGAUGGCAGCGAUUUAAACACACCGUUUCUGGUUUUCUUUAUUCUGCUACCUCCAAAUUAAACAUUUAUUCGAUCUUUGAUUUAUGAUUCAGAACAUAGUGAGUUGUUUAAAAGUUAUGCUCUUGACUUACAUUGCAUGUAACAGUUGUAUGUUAUGGGAAAGAAAACUUUAUUGGCUUAUAUGCAUAAACAGUUUUUUUUUUCCUAAUUUGUGUCAAAUGUGUGCUGCAUGUACGGCUGGCUGCUUUCCUGCUUAAUGUUUUGUUGUAUUUAAGGGCUUUUUAUAUGAUUUCUGUAUAAGUCUACCCCUUAAAUUACUGUGUUAUUGUACAUAGUCUUCAAAUAUUCACUAGUUUGUGCAUGUUGGUUUUGCUGUUGUGGAGUUUUAUUUUUUAUUUUUAUUUUUUACUUGAAACUCUUUAGAGCACAUAGUGGUUUUUUUUUUUUUUUUUUUUUUUGUGCGAAUCUUCUAAAGCUUAAGCUCCAAACUGAAGCCAAGCCUAGGAAGAUUUAGCUGUCAUUCCAGCUAAAACAUUAAUGUAAAAUAUUUUUCAACUUGUUUUUGGAGUGGGGGAAAAAUAAUAAACUACCGUUCUUUGCAGAA